AUGGCGGCGAGGGCGUGUCCGGGGUUCUCGGGCAAUGUUGAGUCCGGCGGCUUUGAGGGUGGCGAGGUCUUGUGGGGUGCGGAUGCCGGAUUCGGUGACGAGUGGGAGGUGGUCGGGGACGAGGGGUUUGAGAUUGAUGGAAUGGUGGAGGUCGGUUUCCAUUUUGGUGAGGUCGCGGUUGUUGAUGCCGAGGAGGAGGCGCGGGGAGUCUGCGCUUUCGAUGAUGGGGAGGACUCGGCGGAGGUUGGAUUCGGAGUGGACCUCGAGGAGGGUGGUCAUGCUCAGCGCGUCGAUGUGAGUGAUGAAGUCGGUGAGUUGUUGAUCGGAGAGGCACUCGGCGAUGAGGAGGACGGCGUCGGCGUGGAUGGCGCGGGCUUGGGUGAUCUGGUAGGGAUCGAUGAUGAAAUCUUUGCGGAGAACGGGGAGAGGCAGGAAAUGGCCGAUGCGCCAGCAUUGGAGUACUGUUGCGCGAUGACUGAUGGAUCGAAAUCAGGGUGGUCGUAUUCGGGGCGGAUGAGUCCGGCGCUUGGGCUGCGCCGUUUGAUCUCGGCGAUGACGGCGAUGGAAUCGUGGCGCGGGUGCUCGGUGAGUGCGGCGAAGAAGUUGCGUGGGGGUUCGUUUGAUGAUGCUUGCGACUCGAGCGUGGACAGUGGGGUGUCUGCUUUCUCGGCGGCGACUUGCUCGCGUUUGUGGGCGAUGAUUUCUUCAAGCACUGGUGGGAUGGGUUCUGGUGUGGUCAUGUGUGUGAUUAUUGCGGCUGUUUUUGGGGGCGUUGCUCCUGAGGCGAUGGCGCAGGCCGUGGACACGAGCGGGGUGCAGGAUCAGAGUGUGGGGGACUUGGUGGAGACGAUGCAGCAGUGGAAGCUGGUGUUUCUGGGGGUGUCGCUGCUGCUGGUGAUCGCCUUGUUGUUUGCGGGCGGAUUGCUGCGUCCGGGCGGGUACGCGAAGGCGGGGCUGCGGGAUGUGGACUCGCUUCCGAGCGUGGUGUGGUUGUUUGCGAUCUUUAUGGUUUUCCUUGCGGCGAGUUCGGCGCCGCAGCUGAUCAGUCAGAUCCAAUGGAUUCAGGAGCAGGGGUACGACGCGACGCAGAUGGAUGCGAUCAAUACGGUGGGGUACUUCCUGUUUGGGAUGAUCGCGGGACUCGGGAUGCUGUUUGUGCUUAAGCGGAGCGCGAGUGCUGGGGAUGGUGAGGGGACGAAGAACUCUGGACUAGGGUUGAGUUUCUUGGAUCUGCCGGUCGGGCUUGGGUGCUUUGUGCUGGCGUAUCCGUUUAUCGAGCUGAUGAACAUGCUCGGGGUGUGGGUGUACACACAGACGCAGAGUGCAGCUCCGAACAACAUGGCGCAUCCGACUUUGGUGAAGCUUGAGAAUGAGCCUGGCAAUCCUUGGGUUUGGGCAAUUGUGAUCGCGGCAGUGAUCGGGGCGCCGUUUGUCGAGGAGCUGAUCUACAGGGUGUUCUUGCAGGGGGCGCUGAUCAAGUGGCUCAAGAUUCAUUGA